UCUUCGUUGCUAAUGUAAUCUCAUCUUCUUAGGGAAAUGUUCCGGUGGCUGACCCGUGUAUAGUGCGCAUACAUGGUGCAUUUGCGUAUGCGUGUACCUUGCAACCUCACAAGGGAAAAUAAAGCUAUAUCCAUGGUUCCGAGCCCAACACAGCAAAGAUGUCCCCUCCCUGCUAUUUGGGCACUUACCUCUUCAUUUGCAAAUUGCACCUCUCCCUUUAUAUAAGUCAAACCAUAACACCUCACCUCUCUCUCCCACACACACACACACACACACACACACACACUUGGCAGCAAAGAGAGACAUGGAGAUCACCACUUCUGUGCUCCUUCCUCGUGCUCAUGGCCUCCUACCUGCAGCAUCACCACCUUUCACGAUGAAACGAAACUACCUGAGGCCUGACAUGAGGAGGAAGCGCCGCUCCACGGUGCGAGCGGUCAUGGUGAGGCCGCAGGAGGCGGCAGCGCCGGCACCGCAAAGGGAGACGGUGGCGGCACCACCACCACCGAGAGAGACGGCGGCGGCGACGACGGUGUACCACGACAACUGGUUCGACAAGCUGGCCAUCGGAUACCUGUCCAGGAAGCUUCAAGAAGCUUCUGGGCUGAAGAACGAAAAGGACGGCUACGAGGGCCUGAUAGAGGCGGCCCUGACCAUCUCUGCAAUCUUCAGAGUUGAUCGACAGUGGGAUACUGUGGCCGACGCCCUGGAACGAGCAUUUCCCAGCUACAUUCUCACAAUGAUAAAGGUGAUGAUGCCACCUUCGAGAUUCUCCCGGGAGUACUUCGCUGCCUUCACCACCAUAUUCUUCCCCUGGCUGGUUGGACCGUGUGAGGUCAGGGAAUCCGAAGUUGAUGGUAGGAAAGAGAAAAAUGUGGUCUACAUCCCCAAGUGCAGAUUUCUGGAAAGCACCAACUGUGUUGGGAUGUGCACGAAUCUUUGCAAGAUCCCAUGCGAGAAGUUCAUCCAAGAUUCACUCGGCACGGCUGUCUACAUGUCUCCUAAUUGUGAAGACAUGAGCUGUGAGAUGAUCUUUGGACAGCAACCUCCUAAAGAUGAUCCAGCACUGAAGCAGCCAUGCUUCAGGACAAAAUGUAUUGCAAAGCAGAAUCAUCGUGUGAAUUGCUCUAUUUGAUUUGAGAGGAAAGUGUAAAUGAUUGGGAUAAAUAUCACCCAAUUGGAAAGCAGCAUCAACUUAAUAGAUUUUUUUUUUCUUGAGAUAGUAUCAGAAGGCACUUCUAGUCAACUCUUACUUCAAAUUGUUAGGUAACUGGUUGUUGAUCCAGAUAAAUCAGAGAGGAAGUGAAGGACAUACUUGUGCAAAAUACAAAGCAUUUUAAGUGCAUGUUCUUCAUAAGUCGUAAGAAGAAGCAAAGAAAGAUUA